AUGGAUUAUCCUGGACCUGCAUCUUCACUCACACGUUUCGUUAAGAAAUGUUCCAUAUGCGAAAUUACUAUUAGUAUCGAUAACUCAUACGGAACGUGGGGGUGUCAGAAAUGUAAAGAGUUCUUUGCAGAAUGUGUUACGAAGAACGUAACGGCAUUCUGUUAUGUGAAUGGCGAAUGUAAUCUAAGUCCAAACUAUGACUGUACAUUUUGCAGGUUAAACAAAUGUUACGAUGCUGGAAUGAAAGCCGAAUUUGUUGAGCAUUAUUCACCGAAACGGUGGGAUGAAAAUCCGGAGGAUAGUACACGUGUUCAGUGUUUGAAAAAGAGAUUUUAUGCACAAAGUCGCAGAAUUGUCGAAGAUUUUACGGAAAGUUCUCGUUACAUGGAACAAAGUUAUUACAAAUGGCUGUUUUCACUCGACAAAUUUAAUGAACUUCCAAGUGCAAGCCAAGAUAAGCUACUGGUAAGAACAUUAUUAAAAGGAACAGUAUUAGAAUAUAUACAACGUUCUCUUCAUGUUCACGAUGUUAUACGUUCCAUUAGAUGUUUCUUUAGACCAAGAGAUUGUUGCGUUCCAUUAGUUAAACAAUUUGGAGAGAGUAUUCUCGAUUUCACUCAACUCUUCCGUUAUGUUGCAGUUGACGAAAAAUCGUUUUUUAGAUUUAAAAUCAAGUUAUCGAUGGGAUUGGAAAACGAAUGCUCAGGUAACAAUCAUUAUUUUACCGAGAAAGAGCAAGAUGUGGAUCCUGAAAAAAAAAUUGGAACGAUACUUCAUGUUUUCGCCGAAGCAACUGGUUUGACUGGAAAUCAGUUCAAAGGAACGUUCACAGCUCUUCCCUGCUCCAUCAUCAUAAAGAAGGAAAAACGCAUUCAGAAAGAGACUAGUACCCUUCCCGAAAAAUACUACUCUAACCGAGGAUAUAUCUUCUGA